UUUCUCAUUGGCUCAGGUUAGUAUUUCUCAUUGGCUCAGGUUAGUAUUUCUCAUUGGCUCAGGCUAGUAUUACUCAUUGGCUCAGGCUAGUAUUUCUCAUUGGCUCAGGCUAGUAUUUCUCAUUGGCUAAGGCUAGUAUUUCUCAUUGGCUCAGGCUAGUAUUUCUCAUUGGCUCAGGUUAUUAGUUUCCAUAGCUGUCUUGGCGUUUUACAGUCUGGCUCCCAGGCCUUCAGGAAUGACAGGACAGGACUAUGCCAAGCUGUUCAGUGUAGCCUCAGGUGUGCGUCCUGUCCUGUGUCUUCAGGUGUUACAGCUGGGGCCGAUGGAGGCUGUAGCGUUGCUGAUCUGUGGAUGCUGUCCAGGGGGAAACAUCUCCAAUAUACUGGCCCUGGCACUGAAGGGAGACGUGAACCUCAGUAUUGUGAUGACUACCUGCUCUACAUUCCUAGCCCUGGGUAUGAUGCCACUGCUCCUCUACCUAUACUGCCAGGGCUUCUCCAACCUGGAGAGUGCUGUCCCCUACGCUGGCAUCACUCUGGCCCUGGUCAUGACUCUGUUCCCUUGUGGCAUCGGCAUCCUCAUCAACUACUACAGGCCGCAGUACUCCAAGACCAUUACCAAGAUCGGUCUGUCCCUCCUGUUGAUAUCCAUGGUAGUGAUCGGCCUAUUGGCCAGCGUGACCAGAGGAAGAAUGAAUGUGAUGCUGACCGUCCUGUCCCCUCAACUAAUGGCCACUGCUGCCCUCAUGCCCCUCAUUGGCUACACUUUAGGAUACGUCCUUUCAUACCUGUUCAGAGUCAACAGAUCGGGGCAGAGGACCAUCGCCAUGGAGACGGGAUGUCAGAACAUCCAGCUGUGUUCCGCCAUUUUGAAGGUGGCGUUCCCUCCCGAUGUGAUUGGUCCGCUCUACCUCUUCCCUAUAGUCUACAUAGUGUUCCAAGUGGGAGAGGCCUUACUGCUCAUCGUCCUCUUCUGGGUUCACCAGAGGUUCUUUAAAACAACAAAGAAAGGUGGGCUUGACUGACCCUUGUCUUUGAAUGAUAUACAGUUAAAAAAAAGCAUCUAGUCUGAGACCUGGACAUCAGGUCCCUUAUGAUUACAUCAGUUUUGUCAUCACAAAGUGUCUCAGAGGAGGAGUACUGAU